AGCAUGGUGAGGUUGGCGGGUGGGAAUGACUAAGCUGGUAUUUAUGGUAAUUUAGUUGGAAAACAAGGGGUUGUUUUGUUACAAGUGUAUCUAUAUGAUGCCAUGCUCUUUAGCAUCAUGUUCCUUUAACCCGGAGGCAUUACACACAGUUCGAAAAUUUUGUUGUUUGGAUUAAUCUGUUGAGUUGAGACAAGAGAGAAAUGGGGUAUUGGAAAUCAAAGGUUCUUCCAAAGAUCAAGAAGGUUUUUGAGAAGGACAGUGCCAAGAAGGCAGCUGGAGCUGAAGCUUGCAAGACCUUUGAUGAAUCGAAGGAAGAAAUCAGUAAGGAGUUUGAAGAGAAGAAGACUGAACUUGAACCUAAAGUGAUAGAAAUCUAUGAAGCUUCAUCAGCUGAAAUCAAGACCUUAGUUAAGGAUCCCAAAGAAGCAGGAUUAAAGAAGCAAUCUACUUCAGUUCAAAAGUUCCUUGAUGAGCUUGUUAAAAUCGAGUUUCCAGGAUCAAAACUAGUAUCUGAAACAUCUUCAAAAUAUGGACCAGCCUAUGUUUCGGGUCCUAUUUUCUUCGUCUUUGAAAAAGUCUCAACCUUUAUUCCGGUAGAGGAAAAGGCAGUCGAGGCACCAGCACCAGCACCAGCACCCGAAACAAAAACCGAGGAAGCAACUACUAGCACAGAGAAGGAGAUAGUAGUUGAGGAAGAGAAGAAAGAAGAGGCAGUAGUAGCGGAGGCUUCAGAGAAGACUGAACCACCUCCAGCUGUGGCUGAAACACCUGCCAAGGUGGAGGAAGCAGAGCCACCAAAGCCGUGACUCGUCAUCAAGAAGUAAUUAAAUCCCGUCUUUGUGAAAAAAGGUUACAUGCAGUAAAUGAAAAAAAAAAAAAGAACAUUUGUUAUUCUUUAUGAAUAUGUAUCCUUAAUUUCCUUGUAAGUUUGGAUCAUAUAUUUCUGUGUGUGUUGUUUAUUUUUAUUUUAAAUUGUAAUAUUAAUUUACUAUCUAGAGAAGUGGUGGGGUACAUUACUCGGUUUCUUCUUCAUAA